CCAAUGUCAACAAACUCAUGUGUUUUGAAAGCAUGCGGCAUGGUGAAUUGCGUGUGAGCGGCAUUUCUUUUCUGAAAACGGUGUAAAAAUUCCCAUCAAACCAUGGCUGACGAUAGUUCCCAUACCGAGACCAAAAAGGCCCACAAAAAGCGCCAUUCAGGCGUGAAGGCGGACAAGAAGAAGGCCAAAAACAAACCAACCGAGCGGACGAAAAACCCGAAAGCCUUCGCAAUCACCAAGGCCCGCUCGGCAGAGAAGCGAUUCCGGCGUAAGGAGGAUCUAACCACCAAAAAGCAACAUAUCCCCAUCGUCGAUAAAACACCGGAAGAACCACCGCCCGUACUGAUCGCAGUGGUAGGACCACCGAAGGUUGGCAAAACCACGCUGAUCAUGAAUCUGAUAAAAAACUUCACCAAAACAAACGUGACGAAAGUGAAUGGGCCCAUUACGGUGGUUACUUCGAAGAAGCGGCGCAUCACACUGAUCGAGUGUAACAACGAUAUCAACAGCAUGAUCGAUGUGGCCAAGUGUGCCGAUUUGGUGUUGCUGCUGGUGGAUGCGAGCUUCGGUUUUGAGAUGGAGAUAUUUGAAUUCCUCAACAUCUGCCAGGUGCACGGAAUGCCGAAGAUUAUGGGCAUACUGAAUCAUCUGGACAUGAUCAAGAAUGCAAAGGCGUUGAAAAUGCAGAAGAAGUUGUUGAAGCAUCGCUUCUGGACGGAGGUGUACGAUGGCGCUAAACUGUUCUACCUUUCGGGGCUUAUUCAUGGUGAAUAUUUGAAGAACGAGAUCCGGAAUCUGGGUCGCUUCAUAUCGAUUAUGAAGUUCCGGCCGCUUACCUGGCGCGGUGCCCACAGCUACCUAAUUGCUGACCGCAUGGAGGACAUAACGAACGCGGAACAGAUUCGUUUGAACGCCAAAUGUGACCGUAACGUGGUGCUGUACGGGUACGUGCGAGGCGUACCGUUGAAGAAGGAGAAUAUGGUCCACAUCGCAGGGUUGGGUGAUAUGCCGAUCGAUGAGCUUAGCACACUGCCCGAUCCGUGUCCGCUGCCGUCGGGUGAGAAGAAGCGUAGCCUGAUGGAGAAAGAGCGUCUGCUUUACGCACCGAUGUCCGGCGUUGGGGGAAUCGUGUACGAUAAGGAUGCGGUGUAUAUCGAGCUGCAAGGUUCGCACAGCCACAAGCACGGGCCGAAAAACUCCGAACAGCAACAGAUCGUUGAUUCGUUCAUCGAGAAGAAGGAAACGUUCGAUGUGACGAUCGACAAUCAGGAGUUCCGGCUGUUUAGCGGCGGUGCUGUGAUUAAGUCGUCCGAUUUCGUUGACGAGGCAAAACCGGUUGAGCUUGAAUCGGAUGAGGAUGAGGAUGAACGGGAUGAUGAGGAUGACGACGAGGAGGAGGAGGAGGAGGAGGAAGAUUCCGGGCUGGAAGAUUCUGACGAUGAAGAAGAAGUGGGUAAAGGCGCACGAUUGGGCUGGAUACCGGAUGAGGGCGAUGGUGGUGAGGAUGACGAGGAAGAAGGUUCCAGCGAUGAGGACGAUGAGGAUGAUAUGAACGACAUGGACGCACUAGGCAAAAAGUCUCGCUCAAGCGGAUAUCUCUCGUCAGACGAUGAGCAAACGGCUUCCGGCAGCAACACGAUGGCCUGGAAAGAUGGGCUAGCAGCUCGCGCCCGCAAAGACUACCUAGAACGGUUGGCCACGAACAAAAACCUCAUGAAAAUAGUGUACGGAGUGUUCAGCAAGUUCCACAAACGCCAGCAAGAGCGGGAAGCAGCCGAGGCCGAAAACGCCGAAUCGGAGGACGAAGACUUACUCGGCGGAAUAUUCAAAAGCGUUACCCAGAAGCAAACGGAACUGCAGAAGAAAAAGAGCGUCCAGGAUGGGGAUGAAUGUUGCUUUUUCGAGGAGUACGGUGACGGGGUGCGGGAUUGGACGGCGGCGGACAAUAAGGACCUCAUAAGGAACUGCUUCGUGACGGGCAAAUGGAAAGCGUCGGAAGAUGCGGAAGAGCUGCUCAAGCUGGACGAUAUGAGCGAUGGCGAUAGUGAUGUGUACGGUGACUUUGAGGAUCUGGAAACGGGCGAAAAGCAUGAAGCUCCGAAAGGCUCUAAGGGCUCCAAAAAGUCCGACCAGGAACCCGACCCCAGUGAGGAUGGCGAGGAUGGAGAAGCGAAGGAAGGUGAUGGUGCGAAGGGCGUCAAGCGGAAGGUGACACGGAUCGAGGAGAAAAACAUGUCCCGCACCGAGCUGAUGGCAAAGAAGAUGAAGCUGAAGGCAAAGUUCGAUUCCGAGUACGACAAUCCGGAAAAGGACGAUCAGCGCAUCGAGGGCGAUCAUCAGUACUACGAGAAGCUGAAAGCGGACGCUCUGCGCCAGUCAGAGCUCAACAAGAAAGAGUUUGCCAACCUGGACGAGGAUGUGCGGCUAAACAUCGAAGGCCACCGAGCGGGGCUGUACGUGCGCAUGAGCUUUAAAAACAUUUCCGCCGAAUUUGUGGAGCAUUUCGAUCCGGCUUACCCGGUACUGAUCGGUGGCCUAAACAUGGUGGAAGAGAACGUCGGGUACGUGAACUGCAAGGUGAAAAAGCACCGGUGGUACAAGAAAACGCUGAAAACGGGAGAUCCCCUAAUCAUUUCACUCGGCUGGCGACGGUUCCAGACGGUCCCGAUCUACGCCAAGGUGGAGGAUGAUUUUAAGCAUCGCUACCUCAAGUACACACCGAACCACGUGACGUGCAGUAUGAGCUUCUGGGGUCCGAUUACACCGCAGAACACGGGCAUGAUGGCCAUCCAGACGGUGGCGUACGAUCAGAAGGAGGUACGAAAGCUUGGCUUCCGUGUGGCGGCAACCGGCGCCGUUAGCGAAUCGGACAAGAACGUGGAGAUUAUGAAGAAGCUCAAGCUAAUCGGAACACCGGAGAAAAUCUAUCAGAAAACGGCCUACGUGAAGGGUAUGUUCAACUCGACGCUCGAGGUGGCCAAAUUCGAGGGCGCAAAGAUACGUACCGUGUCCGGCAUUCGGGGUCAGAUCAAGAAAGCCGUCCCGCCGGAAGGUUCAUUCCGUGCCACGUUUGAGGAUCGCAUUCAGCUGAGCGAUAUCGUGUUCUGUCGCACCUGGUUCCGGGUGAAUGUGCCGAAGUUUUACGCACCCGUGACGAACCUGCUGCUGCCGCAGGAGCAGAAAACUCAGUGGAUCGGUAUGAAAACGUUGGGCCAGUUGAAGCGCGAAAAGAACAUUCAGUUCGAGCCGAAGGAGGACAGCACGUACAAGAAGAUUGUGCGUGAAAAGCUUUCCUUCCGGCCGUUGGUCAUACCGAAAAGCCUUCAGAAGGCGCUGCCGUACAAGGAUAAGCCGAAGCUGGGACCGGUGAAUCCGAAAAAAUCGUUCGAAAGCGAACGUGUGGCGGUGGUUCUGUCGCCGCACGAGCAGAAGGUGGCCAAAAUGAUGAACAUGAUUAAGACCAACUUCAAAACCAAGGCGAGCAAACAGCUGCGCCAAACCAGGGAACGGUCAAAGAAGUACAAGAAGCAGCAGAUGAACGAAAAGUUUAAAAAGCUACAGCGCCAGAAGGAGCUGAAAAAGAAGGUGUUCAAGGCGAUCAGUAAAAUGGAUGCGAAAAAUGAGGAGAAAAAGAAGGGCGGCGUAAAGCAGUGAACGAGUUUUCCCUUUAGGGUGAAAUAAAGAAUGUUUAAAUAAUUUAAAAAA